AUGUCUGAAAUAGCCGACAAAGUCGAAAAGUUAUCCGUAAAGGAUAACAAAGGACCAAGUAAAAAGAAGGACAAGAAACAAGCACAACAGUCAAGCUCCCCAUUGUACUUGGAACCCCAACCGGCGUUCCUCGAUGAGAGAAUUAAAUUGUUUGACGAAUUAAAGGCCAAAUAUGAUGCAGAGAUUACUGCUAAGGAAAGGAAGCCAAUUAAGAUCACUCUAAAGGAUGGAAGUGUCAAAGAAGGUACUUCCUAUGAGACUUCUCCAAUGGACAUUGCCAACUCUAUUGGAAAAUCCUUUGCUGAAAGACAAGUCAUUUCAAAAGUCAAUGGAAAACUUUGGGAUAUGCCACGUCCUUUGGAAGGAGAUGUCACUUUGGAGUUUUUGGAUUUUGAGCAUCCAGAGGGUAAAGCAGUCUUUUGGCAUUCGUCGGCACAUAUUUUGGGAGAAUCUUGUGAAUGCCAUUAUGGGUGUCAUUUGUCUCAUGGUCCCCCUACUGAUGAUGGAUUCUUUUAUGACAUGUCAAUUAAUGAUGGAACUACUUUUGUCAAUCAAGCUGACUUUGGCAGUUUAGAAACUAUUGCCACGAAAGCCAUCAAGGAGAAGCAAAAAUUCGAGAGAUUGGAAAUGACCAAGGAAGACUUGUUGAAAAUGUUUAAAUACAACAAGUACAAAGUCCAAUUCAUUCUGGAUAAAAUCCCUGAUGGAACAUCGACAACCGUUUAUAGGUGUGGUCCAUUAAUUGAUUUGUGUGUGGGUCCACAUAUUCCACAUUCAGGAAGAAUCAAGGCAUUCAAGGUUUUGAAAAACUCAAGUUCAUACUUCCUUGGUGAUGCCAAAAACGAUUCAUUGCAAAGAGUCUAUGGUAUUUCUUUCCCCGAUAAGAAGUUAAUGACUGAACACUUGCAAUUCUUGAAAGAAGCUGCUGAAAGAGACCACAGAAAGAUUGGUCGUGAGCAGGAGUUGUUCUUUUUCAGCGAUAUGUCCCCUGGUUCAGCAAUGUGGUUGCCACAUGGUACUAGGAUCUACAAUACCUUGGUGGAAACUUUGAGAACUGAAUAUAGAAAGAGAGGCUAUGAAGAAGUGAUUACUCCAAAUAUGUACGCUACCAAAUUGUGGGAGACUUCUGGCCAUUGGCAGAAUUAUAAAGAAAAUAUGUUUUCAUUUGAAGUUGAAAAGGAAACUUUUGGAUUGAAACCGAUGAACUGUCCCGGACAUUGUCUUCUCUUCAAGUCGAGAGAACGUUCAUACCGUGAGUUACCAUGGCGUGUUGCUGAUUUUGGUGUGAUUCACAGAAAUGAGUUUUCCGGUGCAUUAUCAGGAUUGACGAGAGUCCGUCGUUUCCAACAAGAUGAUGCCCAUAUUUUCUGUACUCCUGAUCAAAUUGGUACUGAAAUUGCCGGUGUUUUUGACUUGUUGAAGAAGAUGUAUGGUAUCUUUGGCUUUGAAUUUAAGAUGGAGUUGUCAACCAGGCCAGAGAAAUACGUUGGUGAUAUCGAAACCUGGAAUGCGGCAGAAAAGAAGUUGGAAGGUGCCUUGGACGAAUUUUUGGGUAAAGGCAAAUGGGAGUUGAACCCUGGUGAUGGUGCUUUCUAUGGUCCUAAGAUUGAUAUUAUGAUCAGUGAUGCAUUAAAGAGAUGGUUCCAAUGUGCAACCAUUCAACUUGAUUUCCAAUUGCCUUCCAGAUUCGAAUUAGAGUACAGAUCGGAGAGUAACAGUGCUACUGACCGUCCUGUUAUGAUCCACAGAGCCAUUUUGGGAUCGGUGGAAAGAAUGACUGCCAUUUUGACUGAACACUACAAAGGUAAAUGGCCAUUCUGGUUGUCGCCAAGACAAAUACUUAUCGUUCCAGUCAGUCCAAAGUACUAUGAUUAUGCUGAGAAAUUGAAGAAGUUGUUUAACGAUGAAUACUUUUUCUACUGUGAUGUUGAUGUAAGUGGUAACACAUUACCUAAGAAGGUUAGAUCAGGUCAAUUGAUGCAAUACAAUUUCAUCUUCAUUGUUGGUGCUGAAGAAGAAGAGAAUUACGGAGUCAAUAUUAGAAAUAGAGAUAUUGCCGAAGAGCAAGGUAAGAACCCAAUGGUUGGUGUUGAUUCAGUCAUCCAACUGUUGGUAAAACUUAGAGAGGAAAAGAGAUCUGACAAUAAAUUAUAA